AUGAGUAUAAUUCUUCCGGACCAGGUUUUGGGCGAGAUGGUCUGUUCAGAGUGUUGGAAAUAUUUAUCGGUAUUGCCAGUUCUUGCCUAUCCGAAUAGGACCGUGAGAUGUGGCCGUUGUAUUGAAGAGGACGAUGGAGGAGUGCCGUCGCAGGUUUUUCCAACCUCACUCUUCAAAUGUGUUAAUCGUUACGAAGGAUGCACCUCACUUUUGCUUCCCGAACAAGUAAAAGAACACGAAAAGAUCUGCACCAGUAAAAAUUUAGACGAUUGUCCCUUGUGCACCGAAUCCAAAAUGCCACCGUUGGUUGGUUCCCGUGAGUUAACCAAAGGGGUAAGUCAGCAAUUUCGAGUCCUGCAAGGUUCGUUUUGCAUGAACUCUAAAGUUCAACCUUGUGACACGUCUUUGAAAAAGAGAUUUGAAUUUUCCUUGGGAGAGUUUAAAAAAUCGGACGACAUUUUUUGUGAACUAAAUUUGAAUUUUGAUGUUGUGCAGGUAGUUCAAUUAAAGGUAAAGGAUAGCAAUAAAGAAGAACAAAAACAACACACUGCAAAUGGAAAUGCGAACAGCAUUUUGAUUGCUUUAACCUGUAUGAACAUGUUCAUGCAUGAACUGGACUGUACUGAACGUGAGCCCAUACCAAUUUGUCCAGUGCCAAAUUGUGCUGGUGAAAAUUUCAAAAACUUUUCUGAGCUCAAAUCUCACUUCAACACCCAUAAAAAUACAAUUUUAAAACCUUACUGUGAAAGUCAAAUUUGGUUUGGCAGUAUAAAACAAAAUGAUUAUUACAUGUAUCUUGAUCAUGUUACUGCUGUUUUCUGCAGCAUUAAUAAUAACAAAAUUAAAUUGAAUAAUGUAAUCAAAAGUGAUAAGAAUGAGUUUAAAAUAUUUGUAAAUAAUACGCUAAUAGCGCUUAAUGAAAAAAUUGAAAUUAUGAAUUGUGAAGAACCUCUUGAAUUUAGAGUAACAGUAGAUUAUGUUUAGUGCAAAAAA